UUUUAUCCAUUAACCAACUUGAGCGUUUCCCAUUACUUGUUUCUCUUCCCGGGUUCAGUCGUCCCCUAGGGUUUUAGUUUUUUACCAUCUUUCAGCUUCCAAUUCCGCAGAACAAUCGAAUUCCUUCGUCUCUAAGUUAUCAUCAUCACCAUGAAAACUCGUACAGCGGACACGCCCAUAUCGGCGGCGACGCCAAAGAAGACGCCGCCGGCGAGGAAACCGUCCGCCAGAGCCAAGCAGCUGAAGAAGAACCAAAAUACUCCGCCGAUGACGGAAAAACCAGAACAAAGAUCCGGUGAAGAAGGUGAAGCAACGCCUGGUUCUGUUGAGGUGACACCGACGACGGCGAGAGCCGGUAGAGUCACGAAGUCAUUUGCGAGAAGAACGCCAGCGAAGAUGAGGACGCGUAGCUCAGAAAAAGGCGGUGUCUCGCGGAUGCCUGAACCGGAGGAGUCUUUAGUUCUGGGGAAAACUGAAGAAUCAAAGGAGGAAGUGGGGGUGUCAGAGGUUGUGGAAGGAGUUGAAGAACACUGUCAACAUAGUGACGAAAAUACCCGAGAAUCUGCAGUGGAGGAAGGUCAGGAUGUAGAGGUUGAAGAACCCAUUGUUGAAAAUGUUGGAGAAUCUUCUAUGAAGGAACCGGAAAUUAGUUCUCGUGGACAUGUUGGAGAUACUGCAGAACAAGGAAAACCUUGCGUUGUGGAGUCUAGUGUGAUAUUGAAAAAUGAAGCGUCUGAUGGUGGAACUGGAAAGGAUGAACAGAAAGCGGAGAAAGUAGAAGAGGAGUUGACGGAUGGUGGAGAUAAGGAGCAGCUCGAUGUUGGGUCUUCAAAAAUGGAAGAAGACGUGAAAGAGGGAUUGCAAGGAGAAGUUUCUGAGUCUGUAAAGGAGUUUGAUGGUGAUGAGGGAGUGGAAUACGGGGAAAAGUUGGAUCUUGGAGAAAAUGAAGAUGAAGAGCUUCGAGAGAAUGAUACAGAUGAGCCUGCUGAGGAAACUAAGGCACUGGAAGAGGAACAGAGGGAAUUGACGGCAAUCGUGAAGGAGCGGAAGAACAGGAAAGAGAGGGAGGUGUUUGUUGGUGGGUUGGAUCGAGAUGCUGUGGAGGAGGAUGUGAGAAAGGUCUUUGAGAAGAUGGGAGAAAUAGUUGAAAUUAGGUUGCACAAAAGUCCUUUGACGAAUAAGAAUAAGGGAUAUGCUUUUGUGGAAUAUGCAAAGAAGGAGCACGCAAAGCGAGCAUUGUCAGAAAUGAAAAACCCAGUUAUUCAUGGAAAGAGAUGUGGGACCGCACCAAGUGAGGACAAUGACACGUUGUUCUUGGGCAAUAUCUGCAAUACAUGGACCAAGGAAGCUAUUAACCAAAAGCUGAAGGAAUAUGGCGUUGAGGGUGUUGAGAACAUUACUCUCGUUCCUGACCUUCAACGUGAAGGGUUGAGCCGGGGUUUUGCAUUCAUUGAGUUCUCAUGUCAUGCUGAUGCCAUGUUUGCUUACAAGAGACUUCAAAAACCUGACGUUAUUUUUGGCCACCUUGAGAGAACUGCCAAAGUUGCUUUUGCUGAACCUUUACGCGAGCCUGAUCCAAACAUCAUGGCCCAAGUUAAGUCAGUAUUUGUUGACGGGCUUCCACCUCAUUGGGACGAAGACUGGGUAAGAGAGCAAUUUAAAGGUUAUGGAGAAAUUAUACGUAUUUGCCUGGCACGGAAUAUGUCAACAGCAAAGAGAGAGGAUUUUGGUUUUGUUGAUUUCUCUACCCAUGAAGCAGCCGUUGCUUGUAUUGAUGGUAUAAACAAUUCGGAGUUUGCUGAUGGGAACUCAAAGAUAAAAGUGAAAGCAAGACUGUCAAAUCCUUUGCCCAAAACUCAGGCUGUAAAGGGUGGAAUGUCUGGUGGAUUUCGAAUAGGUCGUGGUGAUGGCGGUUUUCCUAAAUUUGGGAGGGGUUUUGGCCGAGCUAGAAAUCCAUUCAACAAUGCAAGAUUCCCCCGUGACAUCCCACGCAACAGGGGUUUUUAUCAUGGUGGACGUGGUCAAAUGGGUAGAAGCGGUUUUCUUAAUGAGCAUGGCUUCGAUAAUCAAUAUCCCGACUUUCAUGGGAGACAGUUUGUUGGAAGAGGUGGAAGAAGAGGCGCUUUUAGAGGUGGUCAUUACCCAGGUAGUGGGGUUUCUGGACCAAAUGUUGAUAGACCUUGGCAUGGUCCGCCAGAUAGAGAACGUGGAAUGCACUAUCCUGCAAGGAGGCAACCAUAUUCUCCAGAAAGGUUUGAAAGACCUUUUCCAGGAAGUCAUUUUGACGACUCAUAUCUUUAUGGUGACAAUAUGCAUGGAAUGAAGCGUCCAUUAUACAUGAGAGACCCUGACCCUGAUUAUGUGGAGCCGAGUAGAAUUCGCCCAAGAUUAGAUUAUCCUGAUCCUGCGUCUUCCUUUCAGGGAAAUCGAUAUCAUGAUAAUUACGGAAGCGGCAACAAUCUCUACUCUUCUGAUUUCUAUGGCCCUGAUUAUGCUGGAGGUCCAUAUUCAUCUUUUUAUGGGGGUGAUCAGCCCCCCUUUCGAUGUGGCUACUACUUCUAGACUCAAGAAACUCCGGAUGCACUUCAUUACUGAUGUCUUGCUGUUUGAAAGGCAGUUGAAGUUCCAUAUCAUUUCUCUUCUUGGUCUUUAUUCUGCUUUUGCUCCUUAUCUUUCUCAUCUGUUUUUUGUUUGCUUUUCUACAAAUUUUUGGUAGAGUAUCCAGAGUUUAGACGUAUCUCUCUAGUUUAGGUUGGCCUCCAAGAGUCUUGAUUAAGAAACUAAUUUACUUAUAUAUAAUGGAGAUGGUACAAGACAUGCCUUGUUUGCCCUAGGUAUGAACAGCUUGAUGAGGUCAGUAAUGAGCUGUUGUGCACGAGUGCAGAUUUCAUUUCCUGCUAUGUUUAUAAUUGUGAAUGGGUUGAUUAUAUUUCUUGAUGACAUACAAUCUUGGUGGUUUAAAGGAGAUAAAGUGGGUGACUUACUGGAGAGGCAAAAGAUUUCAGGUUAUGAUUUUUUGAAUCUUCCAUGGAGAUAGGAUACUAAUUUGAAAUAUUCAGAUGGGGGCUUUUGUGGAAGAUGACCUCGAUGGUUGCCUAGUGAGACAGAGGUGGCAGAUUCGCAACCACUGGUGGAAUUAUGGUGCUUUUAGAUAUUGUCAGGAACUUUCAUAAUCUAUUAUCAGUGGUUUCUUUUGAUUAGGGUAGAGGAUCUUAUGUGUUUCUGCCUGCCUGACAUGGAGUGAGGAAUGCGAUAUUUCUUUUGUGUUGUUCAAGGAACUUAUUUGCUAAAGUAUAUCAGAAUUUCGUUUAUAUUUAUUAUUUUUUUAUGAGGAAAAAGUGCUGCUGCUAGUAGGAACGAGAAUUGCAUUUUGUUUUUGGUGCCCGUCUUUUAGGAGUAGAAGUGAUAGAUUUUGUCAAAUAUUGAAAAUUCAGGUAUGGGAAUAAACAUUUGAGGGUCAUGUGCUACUUUUGUUUCUGAAACAAGUGUUUUAUGAAAUGCGACUUGAGAUUGCAGUUGAAACAUUCUUGGUGGGAUUUCUUUCUGGGUGAAAUUGAAUGGCUUAUAAGGUUUGAUUGCGUGACAAUUGUUUGAACUUCUAAUUCCCAUAAGAAGAGGAUUUCGAUCUUUCUCAUUAAAAAUUUUGUUCAACUCAAGGUUGAGGAAAUUAGGAGUGCAUCUUAGUGCAAGCUCAGUCUUCUAGAUAUUAUCUUUUAUGGUUACAAUAGUGAUUGGGACUUGAGAUAGCACUUAGCGUAUAGAUUCAUACUCAUGUUUGAUGGGCAAAAUUUCCUGUGCUAAGGUUUAGUAUUCAGUUUUCAGGUGUAGAUCCUAUGCCAUUUAAGCUUUGGGGGAAAGUUUGUUAACGCCGUUUCCGGGGAAAAAGUAGAAUAGUUAGUUGUCACGUCUUGGUGAAACUGUAUGGUUAUUUUCGCACAAGCGCAUAAUCAAUGAUCUUGGAGAAUUGGUUUUCUUUUUUUCCUGUGAUCGAACACCCUGACUUGCAUAAUGUAUAUUUCAUGUUCAACCAGACAACCUUCUGUGGCUUUAGUCUUUACACAGGAGACAGAUCUUCCCUUUGAUUGUUGUGCUGGAAUUGGGACAUAACAACGUGGAAUUUAUUCCCUAGUAAUUCAAACCGGGCCGUCUACGUUGUUAAUCACCACCAUCAUCAUCAUAACUUUUUUACAGGUUUCUCUGUCGGCAUUUAUAUUCUAUUCGUUGGUUCAUAAUUUUGGCUGCUAUGAUGUGGGGCGUAAUCCUUUUCCGGUGCCUAUGGAGACUUGUGUUUUCUUGAUUGUAGCUUUUUUGUAAUUUUUAUAGUUUUUACUAUUACCUUUACUAUUCUAUAAGAAGUAUAAUUGU